AUGGAAAGGAAGGGCCAGGUCCACGACAUCGUUCUGGUGGGAGGCUCCACGCGAAUCCCUAAGAUCCAGAAACUCCUGCAGGACUUAUUCAACGGCAGGGAGCUCAACAAGAGCAUCAACCCAGACGAGGCUGCGGCUUAUGGCGCCGCGGUGCAGGCCGCCAUUCUCAGCGGCGACACGUCGGCGAACGUCCAGGACCUGCUGCUCCUGGACGUGGCGCCCCUUUCCCUGGGCAUCGAGACGGCCAGAGGAGUCAUGACGCCCCUGAUCAAACGGAACACCACCAUCCCCACCAAACAGACUCAGACCUUCAGCACAUACGCCGACAACCAGCCCGGGGUCCUGAUCCAGGUCUUGGAAGGAGAGAGAGCCAUGACCAAGGACAACAACCUGCUGGGCAAGUUCGAGCUGUCGGGAAUCCUGCCCGCUCCGAGAGGGGUACCUCAGAUCGAGGUGACCUUCGACAUCGACGCAGACGGCAUUCUGAACGUGUCUGCUGUGGACAAGAGCACGGGCAAACAGAACCAGAUCACCAUCACCAACGACAAGGGCCGCCUGAGCAAGGAAGACAUCGAGAGGAUGGUUCAGGAAGCAGACCAAUACAAGGUAGAAGACGAGCAACAGAGGGAGAACAUAUCGGCCAAGAACGCCCUGGAGUCCUACGCAUUCAACAUGAAGAGCAGCCUGCUGGAGGACAACCUGAAGGACAGAGUGAGUGAGGAGGACAGGAAGGAGGUGGAGGAGAAGUGUGAGCAGGCCAUCCUCUGGCUGGAGAACAACCAGCUAGCGGAGAAAGAGGAGUACCAACACCAGCUGAAGGAGUUGGAGAAGCUGUGUAGCCCCAUCAUCUCCAGGCUGUAACAGGGGGGAGGGCCAGCAGGCAGCUGUGGAGAGCAGGCCAGAGCUGGCCCCCAGGGGCCCACCAUCGAGGAGGUGGACUAAAUCAGACUGUUGGACUGAAUGGAAUAUGAUCAAUAUAACUGUUAUGGUUUAAAAGGGUAUUUCUUUACAAUGCUAUAUGAUGGCUAAGCACUUAGGCCAAAUGUUCACAUGUGAUGUAAAUAUGUUCAUGCAAGGCCAAAUCAAUUACUGUUUAACGUUUUCCAUAUUAUUG